AUGACCCUCUAUGGGGAAAUCUUAUCUCAGAAAAGGGAGACUGAGCAGGCUAAUGAAGUACCCGGCUGUCAACAAACUGGAACAUGUCAGAAGUACAAAUCCAGUCGUGCAGUGGAUGGAGACAUUAACACAUGUACAAGGACAGCACCUAUUGGAAGACAGCUACUCGAUGAAUGGGCAUGGUGGUACAUUGACCUUGAGAAAGUAAUCAGCAUUUACAGCAUAAGAAUACAGUUCAAAGGCUAUGGAGAACAAUAUGGUUGUAAAAAUUCCGGUGUGUAUGGAUAUAACUGUGAUCUACCCUGUCCAAACAACUGUCAGGAAUUGCGCUGUGACAUUGUCAACGGAUCGUGUUUGGGUUGUAAUGCAGGAUGGGUGGGGGAUUUGUGUAACAAAUCAUGUCCAGCUGGAUAUUACGGUUUACGGUGUAGAUCUACGUGUACUGGACACUGCAGAGACAACCUGUCCUGUAAUCACACCACUGGACAAUGUGACUAUGGCUGUGAAUGUCCAGCAGAAUCAUACGGACCAGAUUGUAUGUUUAACUGUAGUGGACAGUGUCUGAGUUACCUCCCCUGUAACAGGACAACAGGAAGAUGUGACGGUGGCUGUAAUCUUGGAUAUACCCGGGAACUCUGUGACAAAGAGUGCCCUCCAGGAACAUAUGGUCCAGAUUGUCUGAAUGUCUGUAAUGUGACAAAUGGCUGUAAUCCAGGAUAUACCAAAGAAAUCUGUGACAAAGAAAUCCUAUCUCAGAAUAAGGAGACCGAGCAGGCUGAGGAAGUAACUGGCUGCCAAGAAACUGGAACAUGUCAGCAGUAUCAAUCCAUUCAUGCAGUAGAUGGAAAGAUUAACACGUGUACAAGGACUGCAAAAAUUGGAACACCACUAAUAGUUCCAGAUAAAUGGACAUGGUGGUACAUUAACCUUGAGAAAGUACUUAGCAUUUACAGCAUCAGAAUACAGUUCAAGGACUAUGGAGAACAAUACGUCAGGAGACAAAGAGGGCGUUUUGCUGGUUUUUCACUCUAUGUGUCGAACACAACUAUAAAGGAGGAUGGGUAUCUAUGUUACAAGAACGGACAGGAGUUACCGGCCUUGGAUUUCAGUACAACUUGCGUCAAACAUGGACGUUACGUUAUAUUCUACAAUGAAAGACUUGACGGGACAACUUAUCCCACUGGAUAUCAAAUAGAGACAGUUUUUACUGAAUUGUGUGAAGUAACCGUAACAGGUUGUGAAGAAUCCGGUGUGUAUGGAUAUAACUGUGAUCUACCCUGUCCAUACAACUGCCAGGAAUCGAGAUGUGACAUUGUCAACGGAACGUGUUUGGGUUGUACAGCAGGAUGGGUGGGGGAGUUUUGUAACAAAUCGUGUCCAGCUCGAUAUUACGGUUUACAGUGUGGAUCGACGUGUACUGGACACUGCAGAGACAACGUGUCCUGUAAUCACACCACUGGACAAUGUGACUAUGGCUGCGACAAUGGAUGGACAGGAACACAUUGUAACACAGAGUGUCCUGCAGAAUCAUACGGCCCUGAUUGUGUGUAUAACUGUAGUGGACAAUGUUUGAGUUACCUCCCCUGUAACAGGGCAACAGGAAGAUGUGACGGAGGUUGUAAUUCAGGAUAUACCGGGGAACUCUGUGACAAAGGUUGAUGUUGAAAGUGUAGUUUGAUGUUUUAAAUAAGUUAUCGGUGGUAUUACAGAAGUAUUUCUUGUUUCUAAGUUGAUGAAGUAAGCUGUAAACAGUAUUGUACAUUCAUAUUUGUACUUUAAUAUUUUAUUUUGUCA